AUGAGUUUAACUGACACUUCCAAAGAAAAUCUGCAACUCGAUCCCAAAAACACCAAGGUCUUUUCUUCACGAAACGCUCUUAAAUCCCUGAACAUCUCCUCUCUCCUCAAUACCUCUCCAUCCUCUAAAGAAGCCAAUCCCACAAACCCUCAGCUUCUCAUUGAUUAUGCUCCUGAGAUCUUCAAAAAUCUUCACGAGCAAGAGCCGACAGGCCAAGUUUCACAAGAAUAUAUGAAGCUGCAGCCUGAAAUAAAUCAAAAACUACGAGCCGUCUUAAUUGACUGGAUUGUGAGCGCCCAUAAGCGUUUUAAGCUUUUGCCUGAAACUUUAUUUUUAUCAGUCACGAUUAUUGAUAAAUAUUUAGAAAAGCGAGCAGUGACUAGACAACAAUUGCAGUUGGUCGGGGUCACAAGUUUGUAUCUCUCAUCAAAGUAUGAGGAGAUUUAUCCACCUGAGCUUAAAGAUUUUGUUCAGAUUACAGAUCGGGCUUAUACCAGAGAACAAGUCGUUAAAAUGGAAAAGGAAAUUUUAAAUACGUUGAAUUUUAAUAUUACCCUGCCGACCUCAUGAAGAUUUUUUGAGAGGUAUGGAGGAAUAAGCGAUUUAAACUCCCAAGGUAAAAGUGUAGGGCAAUAUUUAUUGGAGUUAGCAUUGGUUGAAUAUCAUAUGCUAAAAUAUAAGCCUUCAUUGAAAGCGGUAGCUGCGACUUAUAUGGGGCAUAAAAUAUUGAAUAGAGACUAUUCUUGGAGAAUUGAAGAUACUGGGUAUUCAGAUGAAGAGAUUAAGUGCUGUGCGAAGGAUAUGCUUAUAUUAUUUCAAGCUGCACCUAGGCAUCCUUUGACAGCUGUAAAAGAGAAAUUUUCGAGACCUCAAUUUCAUGAAGUAUCAUCUCUUCGGAUUAGCUAA